AGUCCCAGGUGCAGGGUGACACCAGGAGGAACAGCCACACUGGUGGCGGCCAGCUGUCCAGCCCUGGAGUCAGCUCCCGCAGUAACUACCCCAGCUCCCAGUCUGCAGGGGCCUGGAUGCUCCGGGAGUGGGGGGCGCCGAUCCGCCCAGCUCAGGGCCGCCCGGUGGUAGGGGCGUCCUUGCUGUCCUGUGCCCUCCCGGCCUCUGCCUGUCCUGGGAGGAGCGCCGGAUCCUGGGCAGUGUCCCCCAGCGCCCUGGGCUCCGGGGCCUGUGACACUGUGAAUGGACCUAAAGUACCACGAUGUAUAAUUGAAAAGCAUCAGAGUCAAUUUUGUGCCGUUAACUUAUCUUUAAUUACAAAUAAAAUUCAUAAGCCAUUAUAGAGGUUAAAGGAAAACAAAAUAUAGAAACAGCGCAAUGCUGGGGAGGGAAGCCUCCAUUGGGCUGCAGCCAUCAGGAGCCCCGCGGUAGGAGCUGGGGCGGCUCCCGAGGUGGUUCAGGGGGUUGCUCAGGGGUCAAAGCCAGUUGCUCCAGAGGCAGGUGGCGGCUCUGGCACUUUGGGGACCCCGACUGCAAGUGUCAGGGCCUACUCCUCCGCCGGGUGGCCAAGGGUGCAGGUGGCUCCUCAUCGGGGUGGGGAAUCAUAGGUGCCAAAACCACAUUCAUUGACUUGGACUCAGCAGCCAGCAUCUCAGCUCGGGCCAAGCCCUCACCUCCAGCAGCCGGGACUGGCUCGGUCACCUCAGGCCCUGAAGGUGCAGCAGGCCCCACAGUCAGGGCUGGGGUAGGCUCCUGAGGUGGUCAGCGUGUUGCUCAGUGUCCGAAGCUAUAGCCCCAAGAAAACAAAGUAUCAUCACCAGGACGGACUUUCCACGUCCCUCUCAAAUCAAGGACACUCUUCCCACCGUUCGUGUGUAAGUGCAAGAGCCCUGGGAGGUCUCCCCAGACUGCAGCCCAUGGGGAUGGGAUGUGAGCCUACCCUGUGCUCCCGGCCCAGCUGCACGGAGGCUGGGUCUGUGUGGCCCACCCUGUCCCCAGCUCGGCCACCCCAGUCCUCCUCAUCCUCAUCGUCUAAUUCCACGAGCUCCAGGUAGCUGAAUCGUUCCAGGUAAUGCUGGGCCCGGUUUUCCAGGUCUGAGCCUGGCGUGUUGAGCCCCAUGAAUGCCAGCAGCUUCCUCAGGGAGAGAAAUUCCGGUGGCUGAUGAAAUCCUCCCGAUAGUAGUCCAGCCAGAUGUCCAGGAUGCAGGAGAUGGAGCUGGAGAGCAAAGGAUAGAAGAUUUCUGGGAGAAUCUGCAAUCUCUCUCUAAGAGAUCCAGUGUUAUAAGGUAGACUUUGGAGUCCUUUCAGCCCUGGGGGAUCCUGAAAUAAAUGGUAAUGAAAACUCUGAGCACUGAAAUAAAGAAUCAAACAAAAGGAGGAGGAUGUACCUCAGUGCUGCAAAUCACCGCAUACCCUUAAGUGAUGGAAACAGCAUUCCUAUCAUCGGUCUUGGGACCUACUCAGAACCUAAACUGACCCCUAAGGGGACCUGUACAAAGUCAGUGAAGAUUGCCAUUGACACAGGAUACCGGCACAUUGAUGGGGCCUACAUCUACCAAAAUGAGCAUGAAGUGGGGGAGGCCAUCAGGGAGAAGAUAGCUGAAGGAAAGGUGCGGAGGGAGGAUAUUUUCUACUGUGGAAAGCUGUGGGCUACAAAGCAUGACCCAGAGAUGGUCCGCCCAACCCUGGAGAAGACACUUAGCGUCCUCCAGCUAGAUUAUGUGGAUCUUUACAUCAUUGAAAUACCCAUGGCUUUCAAGCCUGGAGAUGAAAUCUACCCUAAAGAUGAGAAUGGCAAAUGGUUAUAUCACAAGUCAAAUCUGUGUGCCACUUGGGAGGCUUUGGAAGCUUGCAAAGAUGCUGGCUUGGAAUCCCUUGGAGUUUCCAAUUUUAACCGCAGGCAGCUGGAGCUCAUCUAACAACCAGGACUCAAACAUAAGCCAGUCAGCAACCAGGUUGAGUGCCAUCCGUAUUUCACCCAGCCAAAACUCUUGAAAUUUUGUCAACAACGUGAUAUUGUCAUUAUUGCAUACAGCCCUUUGGGGACUUCUAGGAAUCCAACCUGGGUGAAUAUAUCUUCCCCACCUUUGCUAAAGGAUGAACUUCUUAAUGCACUGGGGAAAAAGUACAAGAAGACAGCAGCUCAAAUCGUUUUGCGUUUCAACAUCCAGAGAGGAGUAGUUGUUAUUCCUAAAAGCUUUAACCCUGAAAGGAUCAAGGAAAACUUUCAAGUACGAGAUCUGCUUCUGGAAAUGUAGAAAGUAGAGUUGUUU